AUGACGUCAUCCAUUUCAAACAAUCGCUUUAAAUUAUUAGUUCUCGAUCUCGAUGUACAGCGAAUUAGUAUCGAAACUCUACGCAAAUAUUUUACUGCUUAUGGGCCAGUUGAAUGGGUUCAAAUCUUUCCUGAAUCGACUUCCGCGAUGAUAUUUUUUGUUAGUUAUAUGAUUGUCGAUCAUUUAAUCCCUUGUGGAACAUGUUUCAUUGGUGAAAAUCGCGUUCGAUUACGUCGAUACCGACUCGAUCAAAAUAAUUGGCAUAUUGACUCGCAUACUUUAUNUUUACUGCUUAUGGGCCAUUAUAUGAUUGUCGAUCAUUUAAUCCCUUGUGGAACAUGUUUCAUUGGUGAAAAUCGCGUUCGAUUACGUCGAUACCGACUCGAUCAAAAUAAUUGGCAUAUUGACUCGCAUACUUUAUAUAUUAAAUUAAAUUCAAGUUUGACGUUGACAGAACAAUCAUUACGUCAAUGUUUUCGAGAGUAUCACUCACAAAUUACGAAGAUCGAGGUUAUUCACGACAACCAAGCAUUGAUUUCAUUUUCAAAUUACGAUUGUGUGGAUCAAAUUCUUCUUGUACCAAUGAAUUCAUACCACAUUGAACGGAUUCCACUUGUUUUCGAACGAAUGAUGGAAAAAAUCAGGAAAACGUCACGUUGGGACCAAAAGCCAACUUGUCUAUCAAAUACACCAGUCUUAGCUGUUCGAGAUCCUCUCGUUAAUAAACUGGUCAGUCAUAUUGAAUAUUUAACAAAACAACUUAGAGAGCAGCCUGGUUGUAUUCAGAACCAAAUAAAUAAACUCGAAGCGGAAGUGUUUGUUUUAAGAAACGAAAAUGCGAGAUUGAAAUCGAAACAGAUUUUCGCAACAAAUGAUACUAUAGAGCAACGGGUUAAGACACUAGAGGAUAUUUCUAAUCGAUUAAUCAAUAAUCAUUAUCACGAAAAGAAUCGACGAGAACGAAGUUAUAUUGAUAACCAUUCAUUUCAAAUAACAAAAUACACAUUAAAUUCUACAAUGGGUCACAGUAGUGAUAAUCUCUUCCGUGGAUACGGUGGAUAUAAUGGAGGAUUUGGCGGACACCAUCAUCAUCAUCAUGGUUUCGGUGGAUAUCCAAUGGGUGGAUUCGGUGGAUAUCCGAUGGGUGGAGGUUUCGGCGGCUACCCAAUGGGUGGUGGAUACCCGAUGGGAGGAUACGGUGGUGGAUAUGGAUAUGGCUAUGGAUGGUAA